CCAGUUAAAUUGGUAUGUUACAAAGUUUCGUUUCAAAAAUGAAUCUGCGCGUUGGAUUGAUCGUGUGUUGCGCUGUUAUCUAUGCUGGUGCAAGUGAUCGAGAUAGUGUAAAUAAAAACGGUGUGGAUCAUUCAACAUUUGACACGCUGGGAUACGGUCUCGAAUUGGUCCUGACCAAGUUCGAUUUCAUAGCAAACAAGUUACAGAAGAUAGAGGAAAGGUUGCAGACGACGGAAAACAAGCUGGAUAGUAUGGAGAAAGAGAUCCACCAGCAACGAUCCACUCAGGAGCAGAUAGUUGCUCUGUUGCACGAACGACGCCACGAGCAAGAGUCAAAAAGCAGCCAAAAAGGAAAGUUUUCCACGAUUAAGAAAUUGGGAAAUAAUGCCUCGCUAAAUGUAAGUGAACUUCAAAAUCAAAUUCGGCAGAAGGUUCUUGCAGCAUUGCAUAAACUCGAUCCAGAUGUCAACAACGGACAUAACAUCAGUCAGCAGAUAAUGAAAGUGGAUUACAGUAGUGUUGUAACACCAACGCAAGCUAGUGUUCCACAGCCCCCGGCAACACCACCAACGAAAACUACUACUAUAACUACUACACCGAAGCCUCAGCAAAGAGUGGAUGGUUCCUCGUGCAAAAAUGUUCAUUCGAAAGAGUCUGGAACGUAUCUGAUCCGCGUGAGGAAUGAUAGUGAACCGUUUGAAGUGAAUUGUGAACAGGAAACGUUUGGAGGAGGAUGGAUUGUAUUUCAGUUCCGUUACGACGGAUCACUGGACUUUUACCGAGGGUGGAAUGAGUUCCGCGACGGUUUUGGUGAUUUAAACAAAGAGUUUUGGUUGGGUCUGGAGAAAGUCCACCAGAUAACAAGCGACCGUAAGCAUGAAUUGGCCAUUGAAAUGAAAGACUUUAACGGAACAUACAAAUGUGCACGGUAUGAUGCUUCCGAAAUAGGCAGUGAGAGUGACCAAUACCACGUGAAGGCUAUCGGAAAGUAUAAUGGAACUGCACUCAGUGAAAUGUACAAUUAUAAGGGUCGGAAGUUCUCAACCAAAGAUCGGGAUAAUGAUAAGAGCAGCAGACAUUGUGCACGCGAGCACGAAGGCGCAUGGUGGCACAGGGCUUGUACUAACGUGAAUUUGAACGGGCGAUACAUGAAUGCUGAGGACGAAAAAUCAAUCCAUUGGUAUUAUUUCGAUUUCAAUGUGCAAGGAUUGAGGUAUUCGCGAAUGAUGAUCCGGGAGCUGGAAUAG